AAAGAUUCCAUCGACGAUUUGGAGAAAAAUAAUGGCUUAAACAAUUUAGUGGAGGAUUUGCAACAACAAGUAAUGACUACAAAUUCUAAUGUCUGCGAGAUGAUGGAGUCGCAUACUAGUGAAGAACUACCGAGUUAUGACUUACCGGCUCCAGACCCGAAAACAAACGAGAUAAAAGUACUACCAAAUUUGAAAGUUAGCACUAGCAACUUCGCCAAAGCCAUAUGCCGGGAAGAAAUGUCAAAAAGAGCCAAAUUGCUAGUAAAAAUGAGGUGGCCUGAUAAGGGUAUAAGAUUGCAGUUGGGCUUUGAUAAAAGCGCCCCAGGUGUAAAAAUCCUAAUAAGUGAUCAGGAAGUCACAGAAAUACGAGAUUUAUGUUUGAAAUGUGAAAAAAUGCGAAACAAUGUAUUGAAAGAAGGUGACAAGAGAUACCCCAAACUGAAACAAAUAAAAAAGUGGAUUAGCGGUACUCUAAUCGACGAAUGUCAUCGAGAAUAA